AUGACCAAAGUGCAGGCAGUUGAAUAUGCGCUAAGCCAAAUUCCCCAAAUAUUACCUUUGGAGGAGAGUGAAGUUAGAACUCUUAUCGACCAAAAUUUAAGUACUAAUAAAGAUCCCGAAUCAAUUGCAGAAAGCUUUCUUGAUGUCUUAGGUCAUGGCGAUCUUUCAUUCCAAUUCGUCUUCCAUUUUAAUGAACUGCUUAAUCAAGAAGAACCUAAAGAAAAAAUUGCAAGUGGCAUAAUUCAAAACAAUCAAGGACACCUUGAAAGGGAAAGACAUGAGCAACCGACAACUGAAUCGACGCCCGUGGUAGAGCCACCUAAAAUAAACGAAACGAUAGCGGUAAAGAGAGCUCAGAAGAAGGCAUCUAAGCCAUUAUCUAGCAAGCAAGAAAAAUUAAAAUCCUUGGAAGAGAUUAGCGAUGCAGUGAAUCUUCUAACAGUUACGCGGCCGGCUUCAAAUGCAGCAGAAUAUAAAUGCUCUUGUCAAGGCAGAAGACAUCCUAUUUUCACAGUGGCACCAAAUUGUCUCUCAUGUGGAAAAGUCAUUUGUGCACGAGAGGGACUUAAUUUAAACAACUGUACUUUUUGCGGGGCAGAGUUGAUACCAAUCGAAGAAAGGCUGGAGCUAAUCAAACAACUAAACUUAGAAAAAGAUGCACUGAAUAAGAAUGAUACUGGAAACAGAGAAAUUAAGAAAAAAACGAAGAAGAAGACUUAUAAGAUCUCAUCUGGUAUGGGUAAAAAUCUUUUCAAUGAGCAGGAUAAAUUGUUUGACUUUAUCGAGAGAGAAAAGGAGAGAGAACGUAGAAGAGAAGAAGUCUUACGAGAUAAGGAAAGCUUGGAAGAUUCACAGAGGGAAACAUAUGAAAAACUAGAUGCAUUGGAAAUCAAUGAUAAAGCUGAUCAAGAAUUGAAAGCUGCACAAGAAAGGCUAGAAAAUUUAUUACAUUUCCAAGAUACAUCUGCAGAACGUACCAAGAUUAUUGACAAUGUCAGCGAUUUUGAUAUGUCUGCUGACGUUGGAUUAUGGGGAAAUGCAAGAGAAAGAGCAUUGAUGCUGAAAAAUCAGCAAAGAAAUUUGAAGAAGUGGGAAAAAUUAGAAAGCGAGAGGAAUGGCCGGCGUGACAAGUACGUAGUCAGUCUGAACUUGGGAGUUGAUGGAAAAGUCACAAUGACUGAAGCUGUUAAAGAUAAUGAUAAUGUACGUGCUAACUCCGACGAUGACUUGGAAAAUAUUUCAGAUGAGGAAGAUCUAAGUCAUUUGAAAGAUAUAAAGACCUAUAAGGACCAAAUAAAUUCCGAAAAAACUUUACAAGACAGAAUCCUUCAAUCCAACAUUUGGGAUCUUGAAAAAGACAAAAAGCAAUUCGAGAGACCUAUAUAUGUUGAUGACGAAGACACUGUGGAGAACAAUGGAAAGGAACUUGAGGAAAUGAAUACGCCGUUGAAACAAAGAGUUCAAAUAUCUAAAAAUGAUAGUACUUCAUUGGAAGAGAAUAUUCUUGCAGUCCUAUGA